AGCUUCCUGAGGGCUGGGAAGAAGGGAGUUUGGGGACCGGAACGUCAGGGGGCUGAGGGCCCGAGCUCGGGGGGCCUGGGGAAUUGGAUGCCGGGCUCUGGGACCGCCGCGUCUGCGGGGUGGGGCCCUGGACCCCCAGACACCUGGAGUGCUGGGGGCUGUUGCCUUGUGGGAGAGGGAUCGAGGAGGGCUCGGAGCCCUGGCUUCCGGUGGGGGGGGGGGAAUAGGGGGUUUGCCCCUAGAGCACAGGGAUAGUGGCAACCCGGAGAGAAGUCUCCAGGGAGCGAUGCCCGAAGCCUCCGAACUGGGCGGUCUGGGGUGGGAUUUUUUACGGAAGCGAGGGGAGCUGCAGAGGGGUGCCCUCCUCCCCCUUCCUCAGUUUCCACUACGCUGGUGGAAAGUUGGGUCGGAGGGACAGUGCGGAGCAAAGAGAAGGAAAAGGCGGGGGCGGGCGCCGCACACAGAAUCUGCUGCUGGCUUUGGACUUCCUUCUCGGCGGCACAAUGUGCCAGUUUUUCCGCGCGGGAGGGCGAGGAGGAGGCACCCACACUCACUUCCCCCGCGCGAUUGGUGACUUAAGGACCCCCUGACGACUUCCUCCCCUCCUCCCCCGCUCAGUGAGCCGGAAUGAACGCAGCCACUGCCCGACACAGACGGUGAAGAAGCUCCUGGAAGAACAGAGGCGCCGCCAGCAGCAGCCAGAUGCUGGUGGGGUCCCGGUUGCGAACAGAGGCGGAGGAAUCUGCCAUCUGCCGGAUGAACUGACCGGAUGAACUGCUUCUACCUUUACAGGGACAGUUCCCACCUCCCCAGUCCCAGCUGCAGCCCCAGCCCCCGCCCCCGCCCCUGAUCCCAUCUGUGAAUGAGGUGGAACCUGGACACCAGGACACCGUGGGCUCUGGCCUUGGCAACCUGGCUCCCGUCGCUGGCUUUCCAGACUGGGACUCCAGCAUGCACACUGCCUAUCCAGACAGUGCCUUCUCUUACCCCAUGUGUCCUGCGGAAGCUACCCUCACGCCUGAUUUCCACCUAUCCUUGGACCAAGGGCGGUCGUGCCCAUUUUCCCUGGGGAUGGAGGACUCCCUGGACAGCACUCGGCUGUAUGCAGAGCCUUCCAUACCACAGCCAGCAUCCUGGAGAGUUUCGGGACUCCCCCCGGGACCCCCACCUUUGCCCGCUUCUACUGGGCCAUCCCUGGACACAGCGCGAGCUCACAUGCUGGCUUUAGGGCCUCAACAGCUGCUGGCCCAGGAUGAAGAGGGGGACACGCUCCUGCACCUGUUUGCAGCCCGGGGCCUGCGCUGGGCAGCAUACGCCGCAGCCGAGGUGCUCCAGGCCUACAGGCAGCUGGACGUUCGUGAGCAUAAGGGCAAGACCCCUCUGCUGGUGGCUGCCGCCGCCAACCAGCCCCUGAUUGUGGAGGAUCUGCUGAGCCUGGGAGCAGAGCCGAAUGCCACCGACCAUCAGGGACGUUCCAUCUUGCACGUGGCUGCCACCUAUGGACUGCCGGGAGUGCUCUCGGCUGUGUUUAACUCAGGGGUCCAGGUUGACCUGGAAGCCAGAGACUUCGAAGGACUCACUCCCCUCCACACAGCUAUCCUGGCCUUCAAUGUCGCCAUGUGCCCACCCAACCUCUGUCCCCAGGGGCUGAGUACCCAAGCCCGAGACAGGCUGGCUUGUGUUCAGAUGUUGCUGCACGUGGGUGCUGACCACACCAGCCAGGAGAUCAAGAGCAACAAGACGGUUCUGCACUUGGCCGUGCAGGCUGCCAACCCUACCCUGGUUCAGCUGCUGCUGGAGCUGCCACGGGGAGACCUGCGGGCCUUUGUCAACAUGAAGGCCCACGGGAACACAGCCCUCCACAUGGCGGCUGCCCUGCCCCCUGGGCCGCCCCAGGAGGCCAUCGUGCGGCACCUGCUGGCAGCGGGGGCAGACCCCACACUUCGCAACCUGGAGAACGAGCAGCCUGUACACCUGCUGCGGCCCGGGCCGGGCCCCGAGGGGCUCCGGCAGCUGUUGAAGAGGAGCCGUGUGGCGCCCCCAGGCCUGUCCUCUUAGGACUCAAACCCAGAACCUGGACUGAUUUUCCAGUCCCCACCGUCCUGUGGGACAGCCAGCGUAUGCGAAUGAUGCAAAUCCAUGAUAAUGUAUGUGCAGUGUCCUGCCAUUGGGGUCUUACAUUAAAACCCUGAAGUGGCUGCUGGGGGGGUUGAGCAGUCCCCAAUAUUUGGGGGUGGUGUGAUGCCCCUCCCCCACCCACAAGGUGCCUUCUUGAUGAUUUCUGUGAAAUCGAGGCCCCUUGAUUGUUUCUGUGAAACACCCCGAGCCCCUGUUGCUUUACCCACCGGGAUUUUUUUUUUGGGAUCAUCUCCCCUGACUGAGGUCUUUAUACCUGGAAAUUUAGAUGAAAUGUGCCCUAUGUAGUACUCGGGGCAUCCCUACAUCAUCCCAGGGUCAGGCCCCCUGACCCCUGCCUGAAACUCCCCAUUAAACUCAGUUUGGACUAGAA